AUGAAGGUUUCUCGUGAGGUUUUGGAACCUGUGCACUGCGUUUCAAGACCAGGCAUCAGUUCGGGGACCUUGUUUACCAAGUCGGAGCGGCAGCAGACUGGGCGAUACCUUACGGAUAAGGAAAUGACGGCCAUGUACAACAAGUUCGUAGGUCCAAACAGCCUUAACAACGCAGCAGUGCGUCUGGAGCAGGAGGAGUGGGACUCGUCCGUGCAGCACAGGUACUGUACGACAUCGUUCUGCACGGACGGUUCCACCUCCGCACAAAGCAAAGCCUCCCGAGCGCAUUACACCGACUCGGGAGAUCGCACGCCGCCGCCGCCGUCAGCCAGCAUCGCUGUCGCCAUGGCAGCCGCCGGCGUUGACCUGCCCGCUAAGGUCCACCCCCCUGUUAUGGCGGAAUCUGUGGAGCGCUCCGCCAACGCCGCCACGAUGAAGUACGUCGCGCCUAAAAUUGCGAAGAAGUACGGCAUCCAACAGAGCAUAACGCCUGCUGGGCCGCGUGCAGCUGCCGCAGCGGCGGCGCGGGCCGGUGCCGGCCGUGGUGGCGCCGCUGGCGGCCGCGGCAGCGGCGUCGUGGCAGCGGCGGCAGACCGUCUACAGGCCACCGAGUCUACAUCAUCGUACAGCAGCGGUGACGGCCUGCCGCCGCGGCCCCGCUCCGCCGCCUUCAAAACGACCACACGUGAGCAAGCUCAGAGGACGGGCUCCCACUUUCUCUCCCGCGGCCCCUCGGAGGUUCCGCCCCUGGGUAAGUACAAUCCAAAGUACGGCGCAAUGGACAAGGCCCAGCAUGCGCCGCUUCUCGGCAAGGCAGCGCAUUCCGGAACGGGGUCCGUUGCAGAUAGUGGCGCCGCCGCCGCCAGCAGCAGCGGCUCCGCCGUACGGCGUAGUCGCCCCGGAUCCGCCCCGGCAUCGGCUGGAGGCCGCGGCGGCAGCUCCGCCCGGCCUUCUUCUGCACCGGCGCAUCGAAUGGCCGACGACAGUUCCGACCCGUCGGUCCCUCGCGACGUGCAGGCGGCGGCGGCGGCGGCGGCGCACACACAGCCGGGCGCGUCGCGUCACGGCCUGACCCGAAGUCUAAGUAGUCAGGGGGGCCCGCCGCGCCUCACCCUGGACGUCCGAGCCCAACUCCUCCACCGCCACGAGGAGCUCUUUGGCGCGGCUCACAAAGUGCACCAGCAGCGACCCACGGGUCCGCCCGGCACGCAGCCCUUCAAGGCGACGGAACGCAAGCCAUUGUACGACGGGAUAUCUGGGAAUCAGCUGUUUGGGGAGUACUACAGGGAGGGGUACGACAGCCUCACCCGCAAAACCCCACGACCGUCUUCCGCCUUCCGGACUCAGUCCCAACGCCAGCUCUCGAACACAACGCUGGGGGAGACGGGACCCACGGUGGGUCCCGGAACGUACGGCAAACAAAUACCCGGCACAAACACGGGACGACACGUUCAGGCUGGUCACUCCUCCCUUACCCGGACCCCCGACUGGAGCCGUACCACCCCCCGACCCACAUCAGCACCCCCGGCAAGGUCACCCCCUGCCAGCGCCGUACACCAGGGAUACUACGGUCCAAACGGCCCCGCCAGCUCGGUCUUUCCCGAUGAACCCGAGUACGACGAACUCAACGCCGUACGAAUGCUGCAGGAGCGGACUGUCAUGAGAGUCCCCGGACUACCUCCACGACCUAGGGAAACCCAGUCCCAGAACUACAGCCAACAACAGCAGCAGCAGCGGCCACAGGGGCAGGGGCGGGGGGGGGCAGGGGGAGGCGGCGCAGAUUGCCACCCGCCGUUGGUGUAUGUGGGUCCGGAGCGCUACGGCGAACUCUCGAAUACAGGGCUGGCAAAGCGCGCGCCGGGCUGGGCGUUUGGUACGGCGACGCGGGAGGGCACGUGUCAGACCCUCCGUGCCAUCUCCAAACCCAACAUCACCCCCCCUGCGGCCGUGACAACCAAACUCGCCAACGACUUGUCGUACGAUUACGACAUCUCGGUCGAGGGACACCGUUCCCGGAAUCCAGCCUGGGCUCUGCCGCCCAACCGCAAUGCGCUGAGUCAGCACUGGAUGCAGGCAGCAGCCACCGCGUACCUGUCAUGA